AUGACUGACCUCUUGAGGAGUGUUGUCACGGUCAUUGAUGUUUUCUACAAAUACACCAAACAAGAUGGGGAAUGUGGCACACUGAGCAAAGAUGAACUAAAGGAACUUCUGGAGAAAGAGUUUCGUCCAAUUCUGAAGAACCCAGAUGAUCCAGAUACAGUGGAUGUUAUCAUGCACAUGCUAGAUCGAGAUCAUGACCGAAGACUGGACUUUACUGAAUUUCUUCUGAUGGUAUUCAAGUUGGCUAUGGCUUGCAACAAGGUUCUCAGCAAAGAAUACUGCAAAGCUUCAGGGUCAAAGAAGCAUAGUCAUGGUCAUCGACACCAAAAGGAAGAAAGUGAAACAGAAGAGGAAGAAGAAGACACAACGGGACAGAAAUCAGGUUACAGAUAUUCAAGUUGGAGUGAGGGAGAGGAGUAUGGUUAUGAUUCGGAGGGCUUAAGGGAAAGUAUGAAACAUAGACAUGGGUCAAACUCCAGGAGGCUGGGAAAGCAAGGUGGAUUAUCUAGCUCAGGAAACCAAGAGCAAUUUGAGAAAAGACACCAUGGGUCUAGCUCUGGUCACUCAUGGAGUAGUGGCAAAGAAAGACAUGGUUCCAGCUCUGGAGAGCUGGGGGAAAGAAGAAACAAGUCACAUGUUAGCCCCUCCAGGGAAUCUGAGAAGGAAUAUGAAUCUGGAUCUGGAUCAAAGAGUAGGAGGAGGAAAGGUCGUGGUGGUCUAUCACAUGGAUUGGAUGCUAGUGGAGAUGAAUCAAACUCUACUCAGUCAAGAAAUAGUGGAGGACAAAAGCUUGGAUCUAGCUCUAGAGGUUCAGGAGACGAUGGAAGGCAAAGCUAUGAAUGUGGCUCCAGCAAUUCAGGUGGGUGUGGAAGGCCACAAAAUGCUUCUACUUCUUGUCAGGAAGGUAGAUUUGGAGGGCAAGGAAAUCAAUCUAGCUGUACCCAGUCAGGAUAUCAAUCAGGAAGUAGUGGAGGACUAGGUCGUGGAUGUAUUUCAGGAGGUCAGUCCUCUGGAUAUGGUCAACAUGAGCCUAGAUCCUGUAGCCAGUCUUCUAGUCAGAGAGAAUAUGGAUCUAGAGCAUGUGAUCAAACACAGAACUGUGGAAGACAACAGAGAACAGGUUCAAGUCAAUCCUCUUGCUGUGAACAAUACGGGUCUGUAACAAGUCAGUCUUCUAGUUAUGGUCAGUAUGGAUCUGGUUCUUAUGGACACUUUUCAAACUCUCAGCAAAAAGGGUCUGGUUCAAAUGAAUUUGCUAAAUGUGGACAACAUGGGUUUGGCUCUGGGCAGUCCUCUGGCUUUGGCCAACAUGGGUCAAGCUCAGGACAGUCCUCUGGCUUUGGACAACAGGGAUCUGGCUCAGGACAGUCCUCUAGUUUUGGCCAACGUGGGUCAAGCUCAGGACAAGCCUCUGGCUUUGACCAGCAUGGGUCUGGCUCAGGACAGUCCUCUGGCUUUGGACAACAUGGAUACAGCUCAAGUCAGUCCUCUAGCUUUGGACAACAGGGAUCUGGCUCAGGACAGUCCUCUGGUUUUUAUCAGCAUGGGCUUGCCUCAGGACAGUCCUCCAGCUUUGGAGAGCAUGGGUCUGGCCCAGGAGAGUCCUUUGGCUUUGGACAACAUGGGUCUGGUGAACAUCAAUCUUCUAGCUCUGGACAACAUAGAUAUGGCUCAGGUCAACCCUCCAGCUUUGGAUAUGGAUCUAGCAAACAUCAGUACCAUAGCUUUGGGACUGGAUCAGGUCAUUCUCUGGGCUUUGGACAACAUGAGUCUAGAUCAGGUCAGUCUAGCUAUGGCCAACAUGGUUCCAGCUCAGAGCAAUCUUCCAAUAUUGGCUCUGGGUCUUCCUCAGGCAGGACUUCCAAACACAGUCAAUAUGGAUCUAACUCAAGCCAGUCUUCUGGUUAUGAUCAACAUGAGUCAACCUCAGGUCACUCCUCUGGCUAUGACAAAUAUGACUCUAGAAUAGGGGAACAAGAAACCUAUGGGACUAUCAAACAAGAGAAAGAGCUAAAGGGAGACAGGGAAGAACCCAAGGACAGUCAGGAGACAAAAGUAGACAUGCCCAGUCUGGUCAUGGACAAGCCACCAGGACAGAAUCUUGUAGGACUACAAGAAGGCGAUCUAGUGUCAGUGACUCCAGUGACACUGAAAGACACUCAGGAGUCGUGCAGGCACACGCAGGAUCCCCUUAUGGCCACUCUGGAUUUCAACAUGGAGAGUCAGAAUCCACAGCCAAAGGGACACAGGGAACAACUCAUGCACAGUCAGGAGACACCAGUAGAGAUGCUCAGUCUGGGCAUGGACAACCCACCAGGACAGAAUCCUCUAGGACUGCAAGAAGGGGAUCAAGUGUCAGUGAGUCUAGUGACACUGAAAGGCACUCAGGAGUCACACAGACAGACACAGGAUCCUCUCAUGCCCACUCUGGAUCUCAACAUGGAGAGUCACAAUCCACAGCUAAAGGGAGACAGGAAACUACCCAUGGACAGUCAGGAGACACCAGACAUGCUGUCUCCGGGCAUGGGCAAGCAACUAGGACCGAAUCCAGUAGGGCUGCAAGAAGAGGAUCUAGUGUCAGUGAGUCCAGUGACACUGAAAGGCACUCAGGAGUCGCACAGAAACAUGCAGGAUCCUCUCAAGACCAAUCUGGAUCUCCACAUGGAGAGUCAGGAUCCACAGCUAAAGGGACACGGGAAAAAACUCAAGGACAGUCAGGAGACACCACUAGACAUGCACAGUCUGGUCACGGACAAGCCACCAGGACAGAAUCCAGUAGAACUACAAGAAGGGGAUCCAGUGUCAGUGAGUCCAGUGACACUGAAAGGCACUCAGGAGUCCCACAGACACACGCAGGAUCCUCUCGAGGCCAGUCUGGAUCUCAACAUGGAGAGUCAGGAUCCACAGCUAAAGAGAGACAGGGAACUACUCAUGGACAGUCAGGAGACACUAGACAUGCCUGGUCUGGGCAUGGAGAAGAUAACAGGACAGAAUCUACUAGGACUGCAAGAAGGGGAUCCAGUGUCAGUGAGUCUAGUGACACCGAAAAGCACUCAGGAGUCCCACAGACACAUGCAGGAUCGUCUCGAGGCCAGUCUGGAUCUCAACAUGAAGAGUCAGGAUCCACAGCUAAAGGGACACAGGAAAAAACUCAAAGACAGUCAGGAGACACCACUAGACAUGCACAGUCUGGUCAUGGACAAGCCACCAGGACAGAAUCCAGUAGAACUACAAGAAGGGGAUCCAGUGUCAGUGAGUCCAGUGACACUGAAAGGCACUCAGGAGUCCCACAGACACACGCAGGAUCCUCUCGAGGCCAGUCUGGAUCUCAACAUGGAGAGUCAGGAUCCAUAG